AUGGAUGUGGUCAAACGCAUUGACCACAUGGUGACCAGCCUGAGCCCUCGCUUAAUGGCAGAGACCAAUCACCUAACCAUCCGCAGCCCCAACAUCAAAUUGGUGGUGCAGCAGCAGAAGCUGCAGGAAGUAUUCAGAGGAUCGAGUUUCUGUGGACCUGAAACAGAGACGCCAACCAUCCUAGACUGUAUUUCAGUCCCACAUCAGAAGAUGCAGGAUCUCCAUAACAAUGGUUUCCAUAAGCUCACGCUGGUCAACAUGUGGUACGGCUCUCUGCGGCCUUUUUUCAAUCCUGAGGAGAACAUCACCAUGGAGCCCACCGUCACUGAUGGCAGCCAAAGGUAUUUAGGCACCAUCUUGGGUUCUUCAGUCAUUUCUACCACAGUACUGGGAGAUGACCAACCAGUUAGCAUGGCAGUUCGCUUCCAGCUCCAACAUAGAGUACAGAAUCCAGAUGGUACUGUGUAUGAUCCCGUGUGUGCCUUCUGGGAUUUUAAUCUAACCCCAGACGCUGGUGGGUGGUGGAAUACCAAGGGCUGUGAAAUAGUGUCCAAGCAGUAUGGAUAUACUGUGUGCUACUGCAACCACACCACCAACUUUGCAUUACUGCUGCAGGUGUAUGAAGCCCAGAGGAGCCCAGAGAAUGAAAAAGCUCUGCAGGUGCUGACGUUCAUUGGCUGUGGAGUGUCUCUGUGUGGCCUCCUCUUCACCUUCAUCCUCUUCAUCUCCGUGGGUGUCCCUAAAUCAGACCGCACAACUGUCCAUAAGAACCUUAUAGUUGCUCUGGGAGUGGCUGAGCUGCUGUUGAUGUGCAGCAGUUGGGCUUCUGAAAACGAGACAGCAUGCUUCCUGGUGACUGCACUACUUCAUCUCUUAUUCAUGGCUUCUUUUUCCUGGAUGCUGGUGGAGGGCUUGCUACUGUGGAGUAAAGUCGUGUCUGUCAAUAUCAGCGAGGACCGCAGGAUGAAAGUCUACUAUGCCAUUGGCUGGGGUGUGCCUGUUCUGGUUGUUGGGGUAACCCUGGUGAUAUCCAUGGACAAAUACAAAGCAGACGAUCAUUGCUGGCUCAAUGUGAAGACCGAUACAAUCUGGGCCUUUGUGGGACCUGUGAUAUUUGUCUUGACAGUCAAUGCGGUUGUGCUGUGUCGGGUUGUCAUGGUGACUGUUUCCAGCGCUCGUCGCCGUGCUAAGAUGCUCAGUCCAAGCUCAGCAUCAAAGAUGCAAACCUAUGACCUUACCUGGGCUGUGACCCGUCCAGUUCUGAUCCUGCUGCCUGUCCUGGGUCUGACCUGGCUGUGUGGCGUGCUUGUCCAUCUGUCUGUGGUAGUUGCCUAUAUUUUCAUUGCUCUCAACUCCUUCCAGGGUCUGUACAUCUUCUUAGUCUAUGCUGUUUACAACAGUGAGGUGAGGAAUGCCAUAAAGAGGAUCAAAGAAAAGAGAAAGGCCUUAUCUUUCACGAACUGCUCCCAGCCAACCAGCUUCCUACCUUCUCAGAGGACCCCGAUCACUUCCUGGGGCCACAGCCUACCGACGACCUCCAGCCCUGAGACCAGUGAGACGUCUGUACCUGCCGGCACUACUUCCACAUCCAUGGUCAUCAAGAACGAGAGUUUCAGAAAGGAGAGCUUUGUGAGUUUCUUUUUGAACCCAGGAUCCGGAAACCAAGUGGUACAGCUGACGGGGUUCAAGCCAUCAGGUUGUUGAACUACAAAUGGAGUGGAACCUACACUCAGUAUCUACACACGCAUCUUCAUCAUCGUCAUGACGCUGAAAAAUGGAUGAAGAUGAAGCCCCGAUGCCGUCACUGUCCUCUUCUCAGAUCUCAUCAGAAUCCGUCUGAUAGUUUACUCAUUUGAUGUCUGGCAAAUGUUGGACUGAAGAGGCUUUUAAAUCCCAGGACACGCAGUCCACACACAAAAAUGUGCUCUGUUCACUGUUGUUGCUCCAGAACAAUGUGCCCAUGUUUUUCAGUUCAAAGUGCAAAAUCAGAAGCAGGUUUUACGACCUCACACUUAAC